AGGUGUUCACCACAGAAUUUUAUCGUGGUGUGUUGGGCUUCACUACCUGGUGGUGUGUGUUCUCUUGGUUCCUCUCUGGCACCUUUGGAGUGGCCUACCAGUCUUAUUUUACUCAGUCAUAAAUGGUUUUCAAGAAUGUCAUAUUUCAUGAAUGUAUGUCAAGUUACUCAUGUGAAACAGAUUUAAGGAAUGUCAUAUUUCAUGAAUGUAUAUCGAGUUACUCAUGUAAAACAGGUAUUAGCAGAAAGAGAGAGAUAAUAAUAAUAUAUCCACACAUUUAGAAACCAGGCUGUCAUCCCCAAUAAUGUAGUGUAAUAUUGUCAUAUUUAUUCUGCAGUGUUAUCAUUGUCAUAUUUAUUAUAUCAUUCAUCCAGUUUCUAUGAAAGGGUGUAAAUACAAGCAAAUAAUGUGAAUAAUUUUAUGUACUGUCCAAAAUUUCUUUAGAAAAUAGUAGAAAGCAGAAUUCAAGGAGAUAGCAUUGAUAUCACAGGAGUUUGGGAUCACCUCUAUAUAUCUCCAUACUAAUUUCAUUGUAUUUUACACACACACACACACAAACACAAACACACAACAAACAAACACACACACACAACAAACAAACACACACCACAACACACACACACACACACAACACACACACACACACACAC